UGCAGCUCGAGGGUGAGGAGGAGACUAGAGGAGGAGGCGAGCGCCAUGGAGCUCAUCGACCGUUCUUGGUAGACUCUCUCUCUCUCUCUCUCUCUACUCGAAUCUGUGGAAGAGGCAGGGAGCGGCGGAGGAAUCCCGUCCCCCCACCCCCCACCCCACCCUGCGUGCCGGACGACCAGUACUGAAACAUGCAUUGAACAGGAGUUGAGAAAUAUUUUGUAAUGGCUGGGUGUUCGUUGGCAACACUAAGAGGACAGCAUCGAGGGAGGUGGGUUCACUCUCACAGCAAGCUCCCCACAAGGAAUAUGUCCAUUAACCUGCCAAAGAGGAAUCACAGUCACAAGAUUCAGCUUCCAUGCCAGUCCGAUUUAGGAAGAAAACAGAAAACUAGUGCAUUUACCCCUUUUGGUUUUCAUGGAAGGGGUUACAGGAUGGAGACAUCAGUUAAAUGUUAUUUCUUGCAGUCACUUGUGAAUUCUGAGAGUAUGGUCUCACCGAAUUUGUUGUUGCUUUCCGACGAAGCUCUACUAACUAUCAGUAUAGUUUUUGCAUAUUUAGCUGGAGUUGUACCAUCUGGCCAUGCAUUUCCUCAUGCUAGAAACCAUAAUCCUAACCAACAUCUUGGAGCACCAAGUCCAUCUGAUUCUGGUAGGGAUGUGAAAUGGUUGCCUGGAGGGAAUACAGGGUUUGACCCCAGCGAGACAUGGAGUGAAGUGAGGAUGAAACUUUCCGAAGCCUUACAAUCAAAUGGUCAAGGCGCCAGUUUGGAUGGCAGCGAUAGUGAACUCAAGAACAACCGGAAAAAUUAUCCUUUGAGUAUGCUUGCAAUUCAUGGUGGUCCCAGAUUGCGACUUCUUCUGGCCACCUUUCAGCUACUUGAAAUGGAGGUAAGAAAUGUUCAUGAAACUUCUGAACUUGUAGAUGGGAUCAAAUGGUUGCAAAUAUCAACCACGUUGAUAGAUGGCUUGAUCAAACCAGCAUUUAUGAAAUGGAUUCAAGAAGAAAAGGCCUGGGAAAAUAGCAAGAUAAAUGAAGAACUUAUGAAGACGAUAGCUAGGAAAGUAAAGGAGGAUGACAGGAUCUUGAAGAGGUUCAACAGAUUAGGGAAAUCUGAACUCUAUUUGGAUCUGCUCUAUUUCCUAAGAUUUGGUUCUGCAAGGUCUGACAGCUAUUUUGAUGCUAAAUUUCUAGCUGAACAUGGAUCAAGAAUUUUGGAGGACCUGGUUAUUUUCUUAGCUGAUGCGAUUGCUAGUAUUUAUAUAGAGCUUAUUUCAGUUGAUGGUGAUAUGGCGACUGAUGUUGUUGGUUCCAGCUUAGCUCUAUGCUCGCUGUCAACCAGAGAACUUCAAAAAUUGCGUAAUGAGGUGGCAAUUAAUGGGUGGCUGCACCAGUAUGUUGAGUCAGUUGUUUCAAUGUAUGAGGAUAGGUUUGAGUUAUAUGUUUUAUCCAGAAAGGUUUGUGAAAAAACAGUAGAUAAUCAAGCUGAAGUGACAAACUGGUGGAGGCUUGGAUUUGGAAAUCCUUCCACCAUUACUCUUAUGGAUUACAUUCACAUAAGCUCAUUUUCUCUUCCGGUGAGAAGAACCAAAGAAUUGAGAGCUCUGGCUGGAUGGAGGUAUUAUUUCAGCCUAUUCUUAGAGAUGUCGGAUAUUGCCUUGCCUUUUGUAAGGGCUGUUGUCACCAAAGUUAGUGCUGCAGUAUCCUACUUCUGGGUAUCCAUGAUAGGAAGAUCCCUGGGAUUGAUUUUCUCAGGGAUAAGGCAGUCACUUGGUUGGAGAUAAUCAAAUGUUUCUUCGGGUUUGGUUGUGAGAUCCUGUGCGUCUUGCAAUCAGGUCCAGUUUUGUCAACUUAUAGGCAGUGCACGCAAUGACAAUUUUUAUGACUCUUGAGACGGCUGAUUUCUGCUGAUCAUUAUACAUGUUCUGUGUAUUACAUUAUGUAAAAAAGUUCAUUGACCUGACCAAAGGGUGAGAAAGUGAUUCAUUAAGGUCGGAAUGCAUAUUGUGGCGUAUAACAUUUUAAACCACACGCCAUUUUGCUAAGAAGCGCAGAGUUAAUUGCAGAAGGUUAUGGCCAAUGUCAGAUUGUCAGACCCAAAGAACU